AGGGACUGUAGAUGAAAAAUAACCUCUGUGACAAAUUCUGAUACAUUUACAGAAAUAUUUAUCUUUGGUUUUGAUGACAUCUUUUCAUGCACUGCUCCAUUUCUUGUAUUUGUUUCUGUUCUGUUCAGUCUGAGAGUCAGAGCUACAGUGCAGGACGGGCCUGUGAAUCUAUUUACAUAAAAACCACGCCUUCCUUACAUGUUAUUAAAAACACUGCCGCCCAGUGACACAGUGUCAGUCAGGGACACAGAGAGAGACAAUGGCACAACAAGAAGUCCGGAUAAAUGCAGACAAACUUUCCUGUUCCAUUUGUUCAGAACUACUAAAGGAACCGGUGACCAUUCCCUGUGGACACAACUUCUGCCUGAGCUGUAUUAGAAAACACUGGGAUAAUGAGAGAAAGACUAAACAGCAGCAUGUAAGCUGUCCAACGUGUAAGAAAAUAUUCUCUAGAAAACCUCCUUUGACAAAGAACACGGUGCUGGCAGAUUUACUGGAAGAUUUAAAGAAGACUAAAGACGUGGCAACAAAACGAAGCUCUUCCAAACCUCCUGUAGCAGAUUCCUGUGACCAACCGCCAGAAAAGCAAAGGCUCCUAGACUCAUGUGGGAGUAAACAGGAUAAUAUGUGUUCUCAGCACAAUGAGGAAAUGAAGAUCUUUUGCCGGACAGAGCAGCAGUUCAUCUGUUACCUCUGCCUCCUGGACAAACAUAAAGGCCAUGACGCAGUGUCUGCAGAGGAAGAGAUGAGACACAGGAGAAAGCAGAUGGAGGCCGAGCGGCAGAGAACAGAUAGUGUUAUUCAGGAGAUCGAGAAGGAAAUAGUUCUGCUCCAUCAAAAACUACAAGACCUGGACAAGACAGCUGAUCAAUUGUUUCAGAGAUCAUGGAUUAUUGUUGUGCACCAGAAUGUAAACAUUAUCAAAGGUAGAAGAAAGCUGGAGACCUUUACUGGAUUUACAAAGCUUCAACACUGACGAAAAAUGGAUUUCUGCAGCUAAUCAAACUGUACAUUAAUUAAGCUAUGAAUUUAUUUUUACAUCAGUAUUGGGUAUUUUUAUUUGCUUUAUUUGAAUGAUUCAAUCAUUGUCUCUGUUAAUUUGCUUAAUGUAAAUUGACAGCUUAGAAAUGUGGAUUGUAGAAAA